AUGACUCAGAAGACACCCCCUCCCCUACAGGAAGAUCCCAGGAAGACACCCCUUCCCCCAAGGAAGACCCAAAAGACACCACCUCCCCUGCAGGAAGACCCAGAAAGACACCACCUCCCCUGCAGGAAGACCCCAGGAAGACACCCCUCCCUAGGAAGACACCCCCUCCCCGCAGGAAGACCCCAGGAGGACACCCUCCCCUGCAGGAAGACCCCAGGAAGACACCCCCUCCCCCACAGGAAGAUCCCAGGAAGACACCCUCCCCCGCAGGAGACCCCAGGAAGACACCCCCUCCCCCGCAGGAAGGCCCAGGAAGACACCCCCUCCCCCGCAGGAAGACACCCCUUCCCCCGCAGGAAGACCCCAGGAAGACACCCCCUCCCCCCCAGAAAGACACCCCCGCCCCCCCAGGAAGACACCCCCUCCCCCGCAGGAAGACCCCAGGAAGACACCCCCUCCCCCCAGAAAGACACCCCGCCCCCCCAGGAAGACACCCCUACCCCGCAGAAGACACCGCCUCCCAUACAGGAAGACCCCAGAAAGACACCCCCUCCCCUACAGGAAGACCCCAGGAAACACCCGCCUCCCCUACAGGAAGACCCCAGAAAGACACCCCCUGCCCUACAGGAAGAACACACCAAGCUGCCUAACUACAGAAACAGGAGAUGGACUAGUGUCCUGUCCAGGAACCGGAUGUUCAACACAGGAAACUCCUGCCAGCCAGAACACAGAUAG